UUGGCAGCUUUCUCAGCAUUUUUUGUCAUUUCUCACUCACUCUCAGACUCAGUUUGUGUUUGUACUUUGUAGUACAUUGUUGUAGAUUCUACUAAAUAAAUAAUAGUAAUAGCCUAUACAAACUUGGUGAAAGCAAUUUUAAAUACUUAUUUAGUUACCAUUAGAUCCUUUGCGUUCUGUGUUGAAAACUCAUUCUACUAAAUUAUGAUGUUUGAUUUCUUUUAACCAACAAAUCUACAGAAUCUCAAUAAUUUUCUAGUCAAAUUACUGUAGUAGAAGAAGAUAAGCACAUUAUUUUUACAAUGGGGAAAAAUGAUAAGCCAACCACCUCUCAAAUGUCUGAAAUGGAUGGUCCCGGCUGGACAUUCUUAUGGUGGAUGUUAACUUCAGUGUUCAUUCCAAUUUCCAUUCCAUACCUUGUUUACAAAAUAUUCUACUCGAAAACUACAAAAUACAAGCUUCAGGGAAAGGUUGUUUUAAUAACAGGGGCCAGUUCAGGCCUGGGUGAAGCUCUGGCACACUCCUUCUAUAAAGCUGGCUGCAAAGUGAUCCUCACAGCUAGAAGAGAGAAAGAGCUAGCAAGAGUCAAAAACGAUCUACUCUCGUUACAUCCUACAGUACCCACCUACCCUCCGGUAGCUCUCCUACUGGACAUAUCCAAACUAGAGGACAUUCCGAAGUAUGUGAGUGAAGUACUGGCCAUUCACAAGAAUGUUGACAUCCUUGUCAACAACGCUGGCAUCUCGUAUAGGGGUGAUGUCAUGUCAACUAAGCUGGAAGUUGAUGAACAGGUGAUGGCAGUCAACUACUUCGGGACAGUUGCGUUGACUAAGGCGCUUCUCCCGCAGAUGGUUGAGGGAAAUGGAGGCCAUAUUGUUGCGGUGAGCAGUGUACAGGGUCGCAUCGCAGUCCCGCAUCGCUCUGCGUACGCCGCGUCCAAACAUGCCUUGCAAGCGUUUUUCGACUCGCUGCGUGCUGAGUUAGCUGGUAGUAAUGUCAAGGUGACUGUCGUAAGUCCCGGUUAUAUCAAGACGAAUCUCUCACUGAAUGCUGUUACCGGUAGUGGAGAGGUGUAUGGAGAAAUGGACGAAACAACAGCAUCGGGUUAUUCCCCAGAAAUGGUGGCCAAUAAGAUUGUGGUGAGUGUAGCGAAGCAGAAAAACGAGGUAGUGAUUGCGCCGUUGUCAGCUCGUAUCGGCAUCGGUCUGCGUACAGUGUUGCCAAGUCUCUAUUUUCGCAUUAUGGAACGCAGAGCUGCCAAAGCUGCUAAGAAGAAGUGAAUCCGAAACACUUAUAAGUAUCACUUAUUCUGAAGUAAGUGAGUGUGCACUGACUGUCUAUGACCUAAAAAUGAAUGAACCAGAAUCACUUCUGUUGAUCAUUUUUUUCUGACAUAAUUGCAGAAGUAAGUGAGUGUCGAUUGAUUGUUUUUGAGCCAAAAAUAAGUGAACCAGGGUCACUUCUGUUGAUCAUUUUUUUCUGACAUAAUCGCUGAAGUAAGUGAGUGUCAACUGACAGUGUUUGACCCAAAAAAUAAGUGAACAAGUAUCUCUUCUGUGGUUAAGAUCUCUUCUGUUAUUACUAGUUCUAUCAUGGUCACUUAUUCUGACUUGAUCACAGAAGUAAUAUUAUCACAAAUUAAUGAAAACAAUAUAACAAUAUUGUAGUAUCUUUCAAGUUGAAAAUGACUAAAGUUAGGGUCGAAACUAGUUGUUGAACUAUUUUAAAGUUUUUGAAAAAUAAAGGGUACUACAAGAUUUUUAUAUUGUUUCAAUUAAUUUGUUAAAAAGUAGCCCAUGUAAGUUGAGUGUUUUUUUAUUGCUAUCACUUAUGAUGAUAAUAAUAAUAAUGAUCAUUUAUUUACUCUGACAUAAACACAGUAGGAAGUUAGUGUCGACUGAUUGUGUCUGAGACAAAAUUAAGUGAACCAGGAUCAUUUCUGUGGUGAAGAUCUCUUAUUUUAUCCGUAAUUAUAAUAUUAUAAUCACUUAUUCUGACUUGAUCACAGAAGUGGAGCUAUAACUAUUAAGAUUAUCACUUAUUCUGCCAUAGCCACAGAAGGAAGUGAGUAUUGACUUUGAGCCAAAAAUGAGUGAACCAGAAUCACUUCUGCGGUGAAGAUCCCUUCUGUUAUCACUUAUGAUGAUCACUUAUUUUGACAUAAACACAGAAGUGAAGUCAGUGAGUUGUAUUGAUUGAUAGUGUCUGAGCCAAAAAUAAUUGAACCAAUAACACUUCUGCGGUAAAAAUCUCUUAUUUUAUCUCUAAUUAUAUGAUUACCACUUUUUUAUAUAUUUCAUCUAUAUACAGGGUAUAAGGAUUGAUCAAUUUUUACUAAAAUUCAGUUUCCUAAUUGAACUUAAUUAUUCAGACUGGAUCGCAGAAGUAAAGUUAGUGGCUUGUGUCGACAAGACAUGAUCAGACACGUUCAGUCACAAUACUUCACAUAGUUGCUUAUGAAGACAUGUCUAAUUGCAAUGACUAAUCA